UCCGGGCUCGGGAAGCGGAGGAAACGCGGCACCGGCGACAAAUUAAGAGCUUGUUGAUGUAUUGAUGCCGGAGAGACGCUGCUGCCGCCAAACACAGAGCUGCCAGACCCCGGGCUGUGGCUGUCGUCCCCCCGCAGCUGAGAGCUGGAUCCCCCGCUGACACACAGACACAGAGCCGGGAGCCGGGGACCUUCCACCGGGCUUGUCCUUUGUGCGUUUUAUAACAACAGUGUACGUCUCCAAAAGAAAGAAAAAAGUUGAAGUGAGCUGAAGAAAAGAAGGACUGAAACAGCAGGAGUUUUCUCACAGCUCAUCCUCCACCUCACUCUCUUCCCACGUCAUCGCAGCUUCAUCGAGAUGAAGCUGAAGGAGGAACUGAACCCCUUGCUGCUGCUCCUCUUCCACCUUAUGGUGUGGAUCUACACCUUCAUCACCUUCCUGCCAUGCUGCCUCGUCAGCUGGGUCUCGGUGCCAGAGGCAGGGUUCUGCGGCUCAGAGGAGGAGCGAGCCAAGAGAGCGAAGGCCGUCUCUGUGCUGGGACGUCCCGAGGGACCCUACAGGGCGGUGAGUGCCACCAAGACACUGGCGACAUUGCUGCAGCAUGGAGUGGACACCCUGGAUAAGAUGUUUGAGUUCGCAGCCAAGAGGUUCCCCCACAGAGAAUGUCUCGGGGCGAGGAUGGUGAUCAGUGAGGAGGAUGAGGAACAGAGCAAUGGAAAGCUGUUCAAGAAGGUGGUUCUUGGUGAGUACAUCUGGCGCUCUUACCACGAGGUCCUCACAGCAGCGUCCCAGCUGGGCAGCGGCCUGGCAUCGCUGGGUCAGCAGCCGAAAAGCAACAUCGCCAUCUUCUGCGAGACGCGAGCAGAGUGGCUCAUCGCUGCCGAGGCCUGCUUCAUGUACAACUUCCCAUUGGCCACCCUUUACUCCACACUGGGAGGUCCAGCCAUAUCUCAUGGCUUGAAUGAGACUGAGGUCACACACAUCAUCACCAGCAGAGAGCUCCUGGAAACUCGACUCAAGGAUAUCCUAAUUGAAGUUCCAAGGCUGAAGCAUAUCAUUGUGGUGGAUGACGCACCAACCUCAUGGCCCGGCUAUCCACGUGGCAUCACUGUCCUCAACAUGGCUGCCGUUCAGGAGCUGGGGGCCAGGCCUGAGAAUGCCGCACGUGAGCGUAAGCGGCCGCUGCCUUCAGACAUUGCAGUCAUCAUGUACACCAGCGGAUCCACGGGCAGACCGAAGGGCGUCAUGAUCUCCCAUAGCAACAUUAUCGCUGGGCUCUCAGGGAUGGCGGCGGUCAUACCUAAUCUGUGUGAGGAAGACACCUACAUUGCCUACCUGCCUCUUGCCCAUGUUCUGGAGCUCAGCGCAGAGCUCGUAUGUAUUGCUCAUGGCUGUAGGAUUGGCUACUCCUCACCUCAGACUCUUGCCGACCAGUCAACAAAGAUCAAGAAAGGAAGCAAGGGAGACACCAGCGUCCUGCAGCCCACUCUGAUGGCAGCUGUUCCGGAGAUCAUGGAUCGCAUCUAUAAAAGUGUGAUGACCAAGGUCGAGGAGAUGAACUGUAUCCAACGAACACUCUUCACUCUGGCGUACAACUACAAGCUGGAGAAGCUCAGUGAAGGAUACAGCACACCUCUAUGUGACAAGUUGGUGUUCAAGAAAGUUCGCUCUCUGCUGGGAGGUCGGACGCGGGUCUUGCUAUCAGGAGGAGCGCCGCUCUCCGCAGUCACACAGCGCUUCAUGAAUGUGUGUUUGUGCUGCCCAGUGGGUCAGGGAUACGGCCUGACGGAGACAUGCGGCGCUGGAACCAUCAGCGAACUGUGGGAUUACAGCACUGGGAGAGUGGGAGGGCCGCUGGUUUGCUGUGAGAUAAAGCUCAAAGACUGGGUGGAGGGUGGUUACCAGAGUACAGACAAGCCACAUCCUCGAGGAGAGAUUCUGAUCGGUGGACCAAACGUAACCAUGGGAUACUACAAGAGCGAGGAUAAAAACCAGGACUUCUUUGUAGACGAGAGCGGUCAGCGGUGGUUCUGCACAGGAGACAUCGGAGAGUUUCACGAAGAUGGGUGCCUCAAGAUCAUAGAUCGUAAAAAAGACUUGGUGAAGCUGCAGGCAGGAGAGUACGUCUCCUUGGGGAAGGUGGAGGCCAUGUUGAAGAACUGUCCUCUGGUCGACAACAUCUGUGCCUAUGCCAACAGUGAUGAGACAUAUGUGAUUGGCUUUGUGGUGCCCAAUCAGAAGCACUUUCUGGCUCUGGCUGACCAGUAUGGUAUUCGAGGAUCUCGGGAGGAGCUGUGCAACAGCAAGGCCAUGGAGGAGCUGGUCCUCAAGGUCAUCACUGAGGCUGCUCUCACUGCCCAGCUCGAGCGCUUUGAGAUUCCUCGCAAGAUCUGUCUGAGUCCAGAACCUUGGACUCCUGAGACUGGAUUAGUAACUGACGCAUUCAAACUCAAACGCAAGGAGCUGAAAACACACUACCAGGAUAACAUUGAGAGAAUGUAUGGUGGGAAAUGAUGGCAAUGAUAGGCACAUCGCUGUUGAUUCUCAAAGCACAGACCAACACUUGACUGAGAAAAACUUCCACUGCUCUCUCACUUCUCCCCUCUGCUCCCUACUCCAUCAGUAAAAGAGCCACAGUGACCUUAAUCCGUGCUAAAUCUUAAUAUUCUUUAGAUGUAAAGAAAGAAGGAUAAGGGUAGGAGGUUGCAGUUUCCCCCUUUACUGUGCACUUAUUUGAAUUUGCAACUUAACAGCAGGCUGAAAAAAGAAAAAUAAUCCCUGUCCGCUGCUGCUUUUCCUUUUUUUUCAUCCAGGUGUGUGACCUCCAUGUGAAAAUCGUAUUGUUCCAGAUGUGAGUUAUGAAACAGAUUAUGAGUGAGCUGAUGUCAUCUGUUGAACUCCUUCCUGAGAGCCGCAGCAGAAGCGCCGGUCAUUCAGACAGGACUGUUACGUUGUCACUUUGUGUUCGUCCAUGAUACUCGAUUGAUCUCAAAAUGUUUCCUUUUUAUCAUAAACCUUGUCCACUCUUUCUUUUAGUCUUUCCUGCAGGUUAGGAGACGGUUAACUCGGUUUUAUUUUGUCUGCCUCCCGCAGUCAGACUUUGACUCCCACACUCGUGGGACGUCUCUAACAUCAGCACAUCUUGAUACCAAAAGCACAAAAGUCAUUUGAGUGCAAAUGAGAGCAGGCUGGUAAAACACUGCAGUUUUUAUUUUUCAUUAUUAACAAUGUAGCUGUUGCUCCUUUUUGAGGGAAAUUACAAUGCACCUUAUAGACUGAUUUUCAAAAGAAAAGAAACAAAGAAGUUUUUUAGUCUACAGAGUUUUCCUACAAUGAAAGAGUUUACUUUUCUAUGAGCUGCACAGGUUUGUGUGCAUAGGAAUACACAGUUGAAAUCAUUGUGUAAUCAUUGUCAUCUUUGAUAAAUCAUAUGAAAAUGUAUACUUUCUGUCCCAAGUGAGACAGUUGAUUACAGAUAUGUAGUGAAAACGUUCUCAGUGAACAUGGGUGCAUCAGCUCGGAAAUGAUCACACUUUACAUGUCUAUGUGUGUAAUGAUAACAUUUAAUUGCAGAACUGUCAUCACCUGUUUAAAGCUUUGUUAGCUAUUUAAAGGUUCAGUAUGUAGAAUUUAGUGACAUCAAGUGGUUGAGUUGCAUGUUGCAGCUGAAUACCCCUCACCUCACCCUCCCUUUCCAAACAGGAAGGAGAACCUCUGGCAGCCUUCAGGUGUUAAGUUUGUCCAUUUUGGACUACUGUUUACACAGGGCCCAUUCAAAGGUAAAAACAAAGCAAUGCCUACAAUUUAGGUGAUCACACACUAGUGAGAACCUCACUAGGAUUUAUUUAUAUUCAAAUUAUACAUACUGGGCUUUUUAGUCAUCUGCAUGUGACUACUUAUGUCGAUACACAGCACAAACAAGUCCAGUAUCCCUCAUAAUGUACUGUUGCCUUUUCUUUUGAUUCUUUGUUACACUUUUCUAAUUCCUUACUGACUUUUAAUUUGAAUUUUUUCUUUAACUGUGCAUACGCUACAUGUGUAGUAUAUUGAGCAGCGAUCAGCAUAGGAAACAAAAGUCCCUCCUUUAUUUUAACUUCAUGACCGAGGACCAUUUUGAAGUUUCACUCAAUGUAUCGAAAACCUGCCUUGUAACAUAAGUGCAUCCAACUAUUUAUUUGUAAUUUUGCUUUUGUAAAAUACUCAAAUGAAGUAAAUAAAGAUUGUGUUUGGUCUA